CAUCGCCCUAACUUACAACCUACAAACCCAACCUUCCUCCUCAACCACCAUAACUAAAAACCAACUAUCACUACCACCCCACCCCACCCCACCACACCACCCAGAACAACCCACCAACCAGCAAAACAAAAAUGCCUAAAAAAAUCCUCCUCAUCAACGGCCCCAACCUCAACCUCCUCGGAACCCGCGAACCGCACAUCUACGGCAGCACGACGCUAUCGGACGUGGAAGCGAGCUGCAAGGCCCGCGCGACGGAGCUCGGCGCAACGCUGGAGGCGUUCCAGUCGAACCACGAGGGCGCGCUGGUGGACCGGAUCCAGCAGGCGCGCACCGAAAAUGUCGACGCCGUGAUCAUCAACCCGGGGGCGUACACGCACACCUCGGUGGCGAUCCGUGACGCGCUGCUGGGGGUGAGCAUCCCGUUCAUCGAGCUGCACGUCAGCAACGUGCAUGCGCGCGAGCCGUGGCGGCACCACAGCUAUUUCUCGGACAAGGCGAGCGGGAUUAUUGUCGGAUUGGGAGUUUAUGGGUAUACGGUUGCUGUGGAGCAUGUUGUUAGGAAUUUAUAA